AUGAACUUGUUUCUUUCGUGUCUUUCUUUCUUUUCCAUCAUUUUCCUGUUUUUCAUUGCUUAUUUUUUCAUGAUUUUUUCUUAUUUUCUUUUUACUUCAUCUUUGCUUUCUUUCUUUAGUCAUUUUAUCUUUCAUUUAGGCAUUCAUUCUUUCUUUUUUUACUUUGUCUUCUUUCUUCAUUUUGGCUUUCUUUCUUUCUUUCUUUCUUUCUUUCUUUCUUUCUUUCUUUCAAUUCUGCCUUCUUUCUUCGAAUUUAACCGUCUAUCUUUCUUUCUCAUUUUUUACUCUGCCUCCUUCCUUUAUGCAUUUUCCUUUUAUUUUUCUUUCUCUUUUUUUUUACUCUGCCUUCUUACUUUAUUCAUUUUGUUUUUAAUUAAUUCAUUUAUUAUUUCUUUUGACUGCGUUCUUUCUUCAUUGUGUCCAAUUUUCUUUUUCUUUCCUUCUUUUUUCUUUCUUAAUUUUCGCCAUCUUUCUUUCUUUCUUUCUUUUAGUCUUUUAUCUUUCUUUCUCUCUUUUUUACUCUGCCUUCUUACUUUAUUCAUUUUUGUCCAAUUUUCUUUUUCUUUCUUUCUUUUUUCUUUCUUCAUUUUCGCCAUCUUUCUUUCUUUCUUUCUUUCUACCCUACUUUCUUCUUUCUUUCUUUUAGCCUUUUAUCUUUCUUUCUCUCUCUUUUUACUCUGCCUUCUUACUUUAUUCAUUUUUGUCCAAUUUUCUUUUUCUUUCUUUCUUUUUUUCUUUCUUCAUUUUCGCCAUCUUUCUUUUGUUCCUGCCUUUUUCAUUCAUUUUGACAUUCUUUUUUUCUUAUUUUUUAAAUUCUUUCUUAACUUGGCGUUCUUUCUUUAUUCAUUCAUUCACUAA